GAUUACUGCCGAAGCAACUUGACAUUGACAUAUCCAGGCAAUGAAAACACGAAGUGGGCAUAGCUGCAUUCAAUACUCGUAGACCGGUUCCAUAGAAGUAAAUAACCAGACUCAAAACUAGUUUGUGUACAAUUUUGAAACGUUCCAUAUCGUUUUGUAUGAACACGAUUAAGACUUAUGAACUUUGUGAGAUCGUAGGAUGAUAUCGUUAUUAAAAUUUGUAGUGUUAGUGUGCCUUGCAACAGCAAGUUGCGAAAAUGACUCUAAAGAUGCGCAGCUCCUGGCGGAGGGAAAUAGCAAAUUUACAGCCAAAAUGUUCUCAGAAGUCGCUAAAAAAAAUCCACAAAAGAGUUUUGUCUUAUCAGCAUUUUCUGUACUAACUCCAUUGGCGCAACUGGCUUUGGCUUCUGAAGGAGAAAGCCACGACGAAUUGUUGAGAGCAAUAGGAUUACCAAAUGAUGAGACGACUAAAACUGCAUUCAAACAAGAAGAUAGCAAUCUCCGAUCAGUAAAAGGAAUUGAUUUAAGAACGGCAAGCAGGAUUUAUGUUGCCAAUGGAUACUCUCUUAACAAGGAUUACGCAGCAGUUGUGAGAGAUACAUUCCACUCGGAAGUUAAAAACGUUGAUUUUACUGAAAGCCAAAACGCUGCGAAAGAAAUAAACACUUGGGUGGAAAAACAAACAAAUGACCGCAUUAAAGAUUUAGUGGAUCCCAAUACAUUAGAUGAGAGCACAAGAGCUGUCCUCGUGAAUGCAAUAUACUUUAAGGGAAAAUGGAAAUAUCCAUUCGAAAAACAUCUCACAAGUGACCAAGACUUCUAUCUGUCGCAUAGAAAAAAAGUACAGGUGCCAACAAUGUAUAACAAAGAAGACUACUAUUAUGGAGAAAGUGCAGAACUUAACGCAAGAAUUUUAGAAUUGCCCUACAAUGGUGAUGAAUCAGCCUUUUACAUAAUUCUUCCAAACGAUGUUGUGGGCAUUAAUCAACUAUUAGAAAAAGUAAAAGACUCUUCAGUAUUAGAAAAAGCCUUUAAGGGAUUGUAUAAAACAGAAGUGAAAGCAUACAUACCAAAAUUCAAAAUAGAAACUACAACAAACUUGAAAGAAACCCUACCAGAGAUUGGUGUAGAGGGCAUUUUCGAUGCUUCCAAAGCAAACUUAAAUAAGUUAAUAACUAACCAAAAAGACUUAUAUAUAAGUGAUGCGAUACAAAAGGCUUUCAUUGAAAUUAAUGAAGAAGGUGCAGAAGCCGCUGCUGCAAAUGCUUUUAUUAUAACGGAGUCAUAUACGGAAUCAACAAUUUUUGCUGCUAAUAGACCAUUUAUUUUUGCAAUAAAAGUCAAUAAAAAUAUCAUAUUUAACGGAGUAUAUUCACCAUCACUUGUCAAGGAAAAUGACUAAUAAUUUGUAUUAGUAUCUAUAGUUUGGAAUUCAGUAUUUGGCUGCGUUUAUACCCAACACUGUCACCUUCCGUGCCGAUCGUCCGUUCGUAUAUGUAUUAAAAACUGGAAGA